CCGGCCCCGGGGGGCGCCGCCCCCAUGGACAGGAACUACCCGGCCGCCGGGUUCGGGGACCCGCUGAGCGCCGGGCCCGGCUGGAGCUACGAGCGCUCGGCCAAGGCCAGCCUGGUGUACGGGGGCUCGCGAGGGUCACACCCCGACCCCGACCUGCUGCACCGGCAGCCGUACGGAGCCCCCCACCCUCUGCAGGGCUAUGCGGCCAACCACCACCCGCCAGGGCUGUCGGGGCUCUUCGAGACGGGGCUGCACCACGCGGGGGGCGCGGCCCCCGACACCUCAGUCAUGAACCUGAUCUCGGCGCUGGAGUCGCGGGGACCCCAGCCCGGACCCUCGGCCUCGUCCCUCCUCUCCCAGUUCCGCACCCCGUCCUGGCAGACUGCCAUGCACACUCCAGCUCCUGCCGAACUCUUCAUCUCGGGAGCCCUUCCCGGCUCGGGCACCUUCCCAUCCUCAUCGGCUCUGGGUCCUUACCAGCACCCCGCAUCUUUCGGGGGUCGCAGUUUCCCGGUGGGGUCCCCUCUGAGCCUGCCCGAGGCCGCCUUCAGCCCCGGUUCCAACGGGCUGCUGUCCCCUCACGACCCUCUGCUGCACAUCAAACCCGCCCAGCCCACCGUGCCGUCCUCGCUGGGCUUCGACCGCUUAGGCUCGGCCGUUUUGGGCUCGGCUUUACCCGCGCAGACCCCGCCUUACCGUCCGGCUCCCAGUUCAUCCCAGUUUAACCUGCUGUCUGCUCCGCUGCCCGCUCCGGCCGAGCAGCCCCCUCAGCUCUACAACGCUCCCGUGUUCGGAGGAGGAGGAGGAGGAGGCGGCGAUCGCGCCAUAUCGCGACAGGACAGCGUCAUCAAGCACUACCAGCGGCCCGGCGCCGCUCAGCCGCAGCUGCCGCCCGCUCCCAGCCUCCAGCAUUACCUGAGCUGCGGUGGCUCCUACCAGCAGGUUCACCGAGCCCCCGCGCUGUCCUGCAGCCCGCUGGGCGAGCAGUCGCCCGCUAGCUCCGAGGGUUCGCAACAAGCCCCUAAAAACGCUCCGCCGGCUCCUCGCCCCGAGCCGGGCUACCGGCCCAUCAUUCAGUCGCCCGGCUACUCCGGCGGCAGCGCGGCGGGCAACGGUGGCGCGGGGGGCGGAGGAGGCGGCAAGUCCAAAAGUUACUCGGCGUCCAGGCAACCUCCGCGCUCGACCAACACGCCCAAGUGCCAGAGCAGCUACACGCCCAGCACGCCCAAGCCCAGCUCCGUCAUCGCCAGCCAGUCGCCCGCUUACUCGCCGGGCCAGCCCCCUCAGAGUUUACUCGCCAUGGGCGGAGCCGCCGGCUACAGCGCGGCCGGAGCGCCCCAAAGUUUGGGAGGGGGCGCGCAGCCCGCGGGGGGGUUCAGCGGAGGGCAAGGGGGGGACAUGGCCGGCAAAGCCGCCGGCUACCAAGGCGGGGGGCAAGCUGGAGGGCAAGGUGGGCUACAGCCCUGCGUCAGCGGUGCGGGCACCUACUCGCCCGAGCAGCUGCAGGCGUUGCCCUACGGCGUUCAGCCCGAGGGAGGGCAGGCCGGCGGCUACGGCCCGCCCGCCCCUUCGCAGGGCUUGCCCACCGCUAGCCCCUCGCUGACCUACAGCACCGGCCACUCGCCCGCCAUGCCCGGGCCCCCCUUGCCCUACGCCGGCCUGGGAGGGUCCAGCCCCUCGCCCAUCAUCCGCCCGCUGCAGUCGCCGCCGGCCGCUCGCCCUCAGAGCGGGGCGUCCCCGGGCCAGUCGCAGAAGUACCUGGGCUCGGUGUUGUCGCCGUCUUUCAUGAGCCCGCAGGGCUACGGGGCGGCUCCGGGCGGGCUGGAGAGGCAACCGCCCCCUCCCUCUGCCGGGGCACCGCCGAGUUUUGGCAAAGGAGCCAAGGGGGACGCGGAGCUGCUGGCGGCAGAGCGAAGCGAGGAUGAGGAUUUCCUGAUCCAGCACCUGCUGCAGGCACCCAGCCCGCCCCGAGAGGGGCUGGGGGGCUGCGAGGAGCGCCCCAAAACCAUGGCUGGCUACGGUGGGCCGCUGGGCAAGGAGGAGCGCUACCAGCUGCAGAGCGUCAUCCGACCCAACUCCAACCUGGAGGCGCCGCUGGAGCUGGCGCUGCUCAAGGAGAAGAAGAAGCCGGAGCGAGGGAAGGAAUUUCGGGGAGCCGGCGGUGGCGGAGCCGGGUCUGGGGGCGAGGGCUUGGCGGCCACCUCGGUGGUCCAUUACGGCCACCAGCCGCCGCCCACGCUGGACUCGUACGAGAUGAAGAAACCGCCCGAGCACCUGUCUGGCAGCAAGGAGCUGGGCCAGCCGCCGCCGCCGCACUCCUACCUGCCCAAAACACCUGAGCACGGGCGGCUGGUGGGCGAGGGGCCGCCCCUGGAACCCCACAACCUCUUGCUGGACCCACCCCCGGAAUUGGGGGGCUCGCUGUUGCCCUCGGUGCUCACGCACACCCAGAGCCAGCUGCACCCGCGACCCAAAACCAGAGCCCCGCUGGACGUUCACCUGCUGGAGCAGCAGCGGAUGCUGCUGCUGGAAGCUCACCUGCACCAGGUGCGCUCGCAAGGCUUGGACCCGCAAGCCCCGCCACCGCUGCCCCCCGACUCGAUGGAGGUGUUGCCCCCUCCUCAGGAGAUCCAGGAUUUCCUGGAGCCCCCCCUGGGUUUGGAACCGCACCUGGGGCAGAGCACGGGGGUGCAGGGACCGCCUGGACACCUGCUGGAUCCCGAGGGGGGGGUCCCGGCCGUACCCCCCGAAGCCAAGGAUCAAUUUUCGGAAGGGGGGAGCCCGGCGGGGGGAAAGGGACGUUUCGUACCCCUCACCUCCAUCUGCUUCCCGGACGCUUUGCUGCAGGAUGAGGAUCGCGGUUUCUUCCCCGGUAUGGAGGACAUGUUCGGACCCCCGCCCGAGGAUUUCCCCAAACCCACCGAGGAAGAGGAGGAGGACGGAAACGCCGCGACAGCCGGGCUGGAAACGCGGGCGGAGGGGUUGAAACCCCCUCCUCCGUACGACAUGGGGCAGAGCUACCCCUCGUUCUGCCCUCAGGACGGGGGGACCGCGGGAGACCCCCCUCAACUGGGACUGGAGCCCCCCAAGCACGAGCUGCCCUCCACGGUGAACGCAGAACCGCUGGGCUUGAUCCAGAGCACGGGAGGCGACGGCGGCCCCAAACCUCCUCCCCCUCUCAGCACUCCUUUAUUCUGCUCGUCCAAACCUAAAAAGCUGCUCAAAACUUCGUCCUUCCACUUGUUACGUAAACGAGACCCCUUCCCGCCGCCCAAAAAAACCUACGCGCAGGAAUACGAGUUCGAGGACGACGAGGACAAAGCCGACGUGCCCGCCGAUAUCCGCCUCAACUCCCGCCGUUUGCCCGACCUCCUGCCCGACCUCAUCUCCAGUUGUCGACGGCCGCCGCUCACCCCCAUGGGUGACAUCGAUUUCUGUCCCCAUCCCGGAGCUCACCCGGCUCCCAAAAAACGGGGACGGAAACCCACCAAGCCCAAAAGGGAAGGACCACCCAGGCCGAGGGGGAGGCCGAGGAUUCGGCCGCUGGAGCCGCCCGGGUUCGGAGAAGGAGCCAAGAGGCCGAGAGGGAGAGGGAGAGGAAGGGGCAAGAAGGGAGGAGAGGAGGGAGAAGGGAUGGAGCCGCUCAAGCCGCUUAAGAUCAAACUGGCCGUCUCCAAACCGGACACCGCCCCUCCCCCGCCGCCUUCCUCCGCUCCCCCUCCCAUCUCCGGCGCCCCUCCCCAGUUCCCGGGGGUCUCGGAGCCCCCCCAGGACCCUUCCCAGAGCCGGAUGAAGCAGAAGCUGCGCGAGGUGGAGGAGAAGCAGCCGGAGAUGAAGUCGGGCUUCAUGGCUUCCUUCUUGGAUUUCCUCAAGUCCGACGAGGAGGACUCGGUGAGCAAGAACCAGGACCUGCAGAAGAGCAUCAGCUCGGCCAUCUCCGCCCUGGAUGAGCCCCCCGAGCGCAGGGACAGCGAGCCGCACGGGACCUUCCAGGACCUGCAGAAGAGCAUCAGCUCGGCCAUCUCCGCCCUGGAUGAGCCCCCCGAGCGCAGGGACAGCGAGCCGCACGGGACCUUCCAGGACCUGCAGAAGAGCAUCAGCUCGGCCAUCUCCGCCCUGGAUGAGCCCCCCGAGCACAGGGACAGCGAGCCGCACGCCGCCCCCCCGCCCGAAGAGCCCCCCCCGGGGACCCCUCCCCAGCCCCCCCCGGCAGAACCGGCCCAGCCCCGGGCGGAGGCGGCCGCGACCCCCCCGGGGACCCCCCCGGCGUCCGUGGGGGGCUCGGGGCCGGGGCCGGGGGGCUCGGGGGGGAGCCCCGGGCCCGCGGGGGGGUCCCCGGAGGGUCCCGAGCCGGCGGACGCGGCGCGGGCGCUGCACCUGGCCCAGAAACAGGGAACGGCCGCCGUGUGCGGGGACACGAGCGACGAGGAGGCCGAGAGCGGGGGAGAGGGCAUCUUCAGGGAGAGGGACGAGUUCGUGGUGCGCUCCGAGGACAUCCCCGCGCUCAAGCUGGCGCUGCAGACGGGCCGGGAGCCCCCCCCGAUCUGGAGGGUGCAGAAGGCGCUGCUGCAAAAAUUCACCCCCGAAAUCAAGGACGGCCAACGGCAGUUCUGUGCCACCAGCAACUACCUGGGCUAUUUUGGGGAUGCCAAGCACCGGUACCAGCGGCUCUACGUGAAGUUCCUGGAGAACGUCAACAAGAAGGAUUACGUGAGGGUGUGCUCCAGGAAACCCUGGCACCGCCCGCUGGCACUCAGGUGA